AUGAGCUGCAGAUCGUCGAUGGGUCGUUCCAUGGGUCAGAUUACCAAUUACAAUGUAGUCUCAUCUUUACGAAGCGUUCCGAAACCUGGAUACGGUCUUAGAUCAUCCACAUUACCCGCCAGAAAUGGUUAUGGCGAUUAUUCGUUUAGCGGUAUGGGCGCCAAAACCCAUAGCACAGACUUCAGCUGCGGAAAAUCCGACAUUUCCACUGGAUCCAUCACCGAUGUUGAAAGGCGCGGUCUGAUAACGGAAAUGCCCGUGUCGACAACGUACGCAGGUCACUUGGGGCGGUAUCCGAUGAGCGUGGGGGGGAGCGGCGUAGGCGGCGGGUACUCGUCACAAGUGCGACGCUCCCUGCCCAACAUGGCGCACUCGAUGCUGAUCAACGAGCCCGCCAAAAUUUAUCCGUACCAUCUGCUGCUGAUCACUAACUAUCGCUUGCCGGCUGACGUAGACCGCUGCAACCUGGAGAGGCAUCUGUCGGAUCAGGAAUUCGAGGCGAUAUUCCAGUGUUCUAGGACGGACUUUUAUCGACUGCCAACUUGGCGUAGGAGCGAGUUAAAACGAAGGGCCAGGCUGUUCUAA